CCUUGCGAAUACCUAUCUGAAUGCAGCAAAGGGGUGCUAGAAUUAUUACAUUGUAAAUGUAAACAAAACUCAGCAAAUAAAGAUGACAACUCUAAAAACUAAGAAAGGAUAGAAGAACAAGCUCAAGAAAAUAAUAAUAAAAAUUGUACAUAUUAGUGAGUUAAAGUAGGUUUUAGGAAUUAAUUCAAUAAAAUGUUUAACCAAUAUCAAACUAGUAGCUUGAGUGAUCUAGACUCUAUUAGUGUGCACGACAUAGAUUUUGAUCUCGGAUCAACAAAUAACUGCUAUGGUCAGUUUACAUAUGGGGAUUACUUGCAAGAACUGCAAGAACUAGAACAGGGUCGUACUCCAAUGAAAAUGGAUCGUCAUUCUUUACCGAGAAAUUUAACAAACUUACACUGGCUUCAUAACGUUGGAAUGCAAGCAGACCAACAGCAGCAAAUUAGACAAGAGCCGAUUUCCCUCAUGGUAGAUCCUAACACAAACAUGCCAGUUCAGUUUUCUGCUAAUCGCUCUGCUAUACACGCUAUGCAAUCUCAAAACAUUACAUUCAUGAGUCUGGCUCAAACUCACGCAAUGUCCCAGCAGCAGCAGCAACAGCAGAAUCUCUAUCAACGUCACGAUUUGCACCAACAGAACAUUUUGCAACAUCAAAAGUAUGCGCACGACAAAAAUAAAGAAAAUGGCAGCCCUGGUGCAAAAAUAUUUCCUAAACCAGUAUUCUCUUAUUCUUGUUUAAUAGCUAUGGCGUUGCGAAACAGUGAUCAAGGAAGCCUACCUGUUAGUGAAAUUUACAAGUAUAUGCAAUCUCGAUUUCCAUAUUUUAAAACUGCACCCGACGGAUGGAAGAACUCGGUUCGUCACAAUCUAUCGUUAAAUAAGGCAUUUUGUAAACUGGAAAGACCUGAUGGCACAUCACAAAGAAAAGGUUGCUUGUGGUCGCUUAAACCAGAAAAAAAAGACCAACUUAGAAGAGAGAUUCGAAAAUGGAAGAAAAAGCACCCCGAAGCUAUUAAAGCCAGCAUGGCUAAUCCAGAUGACUUGAGUAUUUCUAGUGAUUCAUGUGAUGACGAUUCUAUGGAAGAUUCCAAAAUUCAGUCUCCUGAACAUACCGUACCUGAAAGUGCAUUAGACAUGCCACCAUCAACACCCCUACUGGACGACACAGUUAAGGAUGAACCGGUAGACGAAGUAGCAGUAGAAGAUGUCGCAAAAGAACUUUUUGGUAGUGAUCUAUUAUUUAAUCAUGACGAUCUCCAGGCUGAUGAAUUCUGGAAUGAACUUAUGGAUACUAAUAUGCUCAGUUCACACGAUCGAAAAUACUUGAGCGAAGACAUUGUUGAACUUGAAAGUUCAGUAAAGAUUGAACCUUUGUCACCUUCCACAAAUUUUUUUAGUUCAGCAAUACAUCAGCCAACGUUAGCAAGUUUUUAAAAAAAAACAAAGUUAUCGUUUUGAGGCGUUAGUACGUUAUAAUGGUUUUUUAAUUUGUUUUUCUUUUGUGAUUUUGCAAAAAAUUUGUUCAACUUUCCGUUUGUUUCUGCUGUUGUGCUGCGUCUAACCCGCAUGUUUGCACAAACUAUAUACCAUGCGUUAUUAUAAAUACAUACGCAAAUAUCAUGCUUAUUUUUUUCUGUCGUUAUGUAUACGUGUUACAUGCUUUUGUGUUACCAUUUUUUAUGUUUUCAAUUGUCUUUUCUACACUAAAAUAUUCAUUAUAAAUAGUCAGGAACAUCAUGUUACUAUGGCAAUUGUUCUUUUUCAAGUUUUUAGUUUUUUUACUAAUCCAAGAAGCAUUUUUUAGAUCUUAUUAAGUUUUUUAUCUCCUGAUUUUUUUAAAAUUAGACUUGUAUUUUUUAAAUUUGUAUUUAAUUUUGCGAUAACUAUGCGAUAAUUUGUACUAAGAUGUUUGCCAAUUUUUUUACAGUCUUUCUUGUUCAAAAAGUAAAUUUUUCACAAGUAGUCUAUAAAAAAAAAGCAUUUUUAAAUUGCUUCGAGUUUUCGAUGUUGUUAAAUAUAUUUUGUACAUAUAUAAAUAGCUUUAUACUAAAAUUUUUAGAUCAAAACAUACAUUCUAAAUUACUUUUGUGUUCUAAAUUUGUCUUCAUUAAAAUCAAGUUUUUUUAGUAAGAACAAUAGAGGAUUGUGCAUAUUAAAAUUGUUCAAAUUUUUUUCGGUUUUUAAGUUUCAAAUCUAAAUCUUUCCUUCAUUAUUUUUAAAUUGAUUUUCAGCUGUUGUUGUUUUUUUUAAUUAAAUAAACUUUGUAAAUGAAAACUUAAUCUAAUCUAUUAAUUUCUUAUCUAGCAUUUUCACUUUUCUUUUGGUGUACGACGUCUAAUUGUUGCAGCUCAAUAAAUUUCUUGUUUGCCUCGCUUAUUUUAUUAUUACGAUUAUGAUUAUUUUGUUAUUAUUAUCAGAUUAUUCUUAUGAGAUUCUUAUUAUGAGAUUAUUCUUAUGAGAUUAUUAUUAUGAGAUUACUAUUAUCAGAUUAUAAAUUUUUUUUUAUAACAAUAUUUGUAAAUAUUAAAAUUUAAGAGAAUUUUUUGAAGAAUGAAA